UUUACUUUUUUGAGAAAAUAAAAUUAACAAUCAACUUGAAAUUGCUCUUGAUUUUUUAAUCAUUUACAAUUUGAUUUUCUUAAUUGUUUCCAUUUAUUUCAAACAUUUCACCUCCACUAAGAUUGCGGUACCUCAACUUGGUAGAUUGUUUUUGUAAUUCCAACAGAUUAACUUUUUUUUACCUGUGAGAUUAUUUGAUUUACUAUAUCUUCUCUGAUGAUCUGAGUUUGAUAAUUAUUGGUGCAUCUAUUUAUAUAAAGGGAAAGAAAAUAUUGUAAAUAACCAGCUCAUCAUGAUAAACCUUAUUACAAACAAAUCAAAUGUAAAAAUCAUCCAUGCAAAUCAGUUGAUCUAAAUUUUCAUUAUCUAAGACAAUUGUCAUGAAAUGAAAGAGUUGAUUAUUUGAUUAUUACGAGUUUAUUAUUACGAAAGUUGCAGUUGAAAAUUUAAACAAUGAAACAACCUGAUGAUGAUCUGCCCUGUGGACCAAUUUUGUACGUUUUAGUUGUUGGAUUUCACCACAAGAAAGGAUGUUUAAUCGAGUAUUGUUUUCCUCAAAUGAGACACACCAACAGUUCAGAUCAAAGGGAAGGUGAUGAUAAUUUAACCACUUCCUCAACCCCUUGUGAGGAAAGUAAAGGACCUUUUAGGCUGCCGAAAGUAUGGAGGACAUUACCUUCAAUCGCUUUACCUGAUGGUGCUCAUAAUUAUGAUAGAGACACAAUUUAUUUUCAUCUUCCUCACCCUGAAAGGCCACUAUCCACAAUCUAUGGCAUCUCUUGUUAUCGUCAAAUUGCUUCUGAUAGAUUGCACCGUAAAACUGAUGAUGUUACCAGAGGAACUGUACAGAAAAGUGUUGUCGUACUUAGUGAAUUACCUUUAUAUGGUUUAAUUGCUGCAAAAUGUGAGAUGAUUACUUAUGCUUAUUUCAAUGAGUUUGAUUUCUCCAAAGUAGAUUGUCUCAAGGAGCUUUAUUUCAAUCUGAACGGAUUAUUGACCAAAGAUUAUCUCAACUCUAGUGAAGUUUUCCUUGGACUUUCUCCUCGUGAUCUUAUUGCCACAUUCCAACAUAAAAUACUCAUUCUUUUUAAAUUGGUUCUUCUCGAGAAAAAGGUUUUAUUUUACAAAUCGCCGGUUAAAGAUUUGUGUACAAUUAUAAUAACAUUACUUUCCCUGUUCCCUGGAAUGAUUGAAGAAGGUGGUCUUGACUAUUCUUCGACUUCGGUUGUUCCAAAAGCAUCAAUUGGAAGAAAAUUCUCAGGAGAUAUUGAACUUCUUGAUCCUCUCAUUCAAGUGAUUGACGCCAAGGAGAAAGAGUUGAAUAAAUCUUCAUCCAAAUUAGCAACUAAACUCACCGAUGUUUCCAAGAAAAAUGAUGAUAAUGUUUCAGUUAAAGACGAUGAACCUCAAAUUGAUACAAAUGAAAAGGAAGAAGAAGGAGAAACAACCAAAACGACACAAGAUGAUCAACAGAUUGAAAAUAUUACGGUAAAUCAAGAGACACCUGAUGAAUUGGAUUCAAUGAUUAAUGACAAAUCAGCUGAGUCAAGGGAGGAAAAGCCAGAUAGCAAUGACGAUAAUAAUUGCGAUAAAAGUAGUGAAAAAAUUGAGAACAAAGGUGAAAGUGAUGAGGAAUUAAAUAUUAGUGAUGAAGAUAUUGUGAAAGCCGAAAAUUUAUAUUCUGAUGAUUCCUUUCAGCCUGAUAACUCACAAGAACAAUCAUCAACUCCUCCACUUUUAAAGUUACCAAUUUCAGAAUGUGGUUUACCCCUAAGGAUAUUUGGGAAUGGGUCAUUCUGUCAUCCAUAUUUAUCCAUCACUUAUCUGGACAUAUUAAGUGACCCAAGAGUCCAUUCUUGUGUUGUUGGUGCGACCAAUUUCUUGUUCAAACAGAAGAAAAAUCUAUUCGAUAUUAUUAUCGAAGUGGAUGGAGUUAAAAUUGAAAUCAACGAUCCUGAACUACGAAAACAAGUUAUGUUGUCAACGGAAGAUUUAAGAUUCGCUGAUUAUUUGGUCAAAGCAGCUUUAGAAGGUCAAGUGGUCAGUAAGAACUCGGUGACCCAAAAUGUGCCCAAUGAUGGUUCUUCUUGGGAAGGUUGUGAUGAUUGGUUGAGAUACCAAUUCAAAAUUUAUCUUCUUCAUCUUCUUCGGACAUCUCAAUGUGAAGAAAAUAGUAAAGAAUAUGCCUCUUUCAACUCUCUUUUUCUUUCGAGCUGGAAAGAAACUUAUAAUUAUCGAUUGUGGACAUCUCUCUCUAAACCUGGAAUCUUCGAGGUCAAUCCUGGUCAUCCAUUCCAUGGACAAUUAAGUAUCGCUGAUAUGAAACUUAAACUGUCCCAAGCCUUGACCAAUACGGAGAGAGGUAAAAAGUUGAACCAAACCUUAGGUCAAACUAGCAAAGCCGUUGGAGGAGCUUUAAGCUCAGCUAAAACUGCGGUAUCAUCGUGGUGGUCAUCUCAAUGGAAUACAUCAAAUCGCACAAGAGACACUUCUCCGACCCCUUCGUCCUCGAUGACCUCCUCGUAUUCACUUUCUGGUCUCCUUAAAUCGCUCGAUAAAAGUUCAACAUCCACAGAAGAAUCAAAAUCAAAAGAUGAUGAUGUUCAAGAAAUUUAAUCACUACAAUCAAUACUUUCUCUUUCUACACUGAAUUCAAAUCACUCAAACUUCUAGUCUAAUUAAUCAAAUUUGAGUACAUUAUAAAUUUCUUUAUACAAGACAUAAUCAACAAACUCGAACCUGAUCAGAACUCUCAACAAUUGCGAAAAUAAAUUUAUAAUCAAUGUAAAAUUUUUCUCUAUCUGUGUUAACAUAUUCUCAAUUUGCUUGAGAUCUAAUAAAGUGAAAACUUCAGUAA